GGUAUUAAUUUAGGUAAGAACGUUUUAGAUUUCUUUAUACUGGAAUUUACAUAUAAUCAUUAUUCAACUUAUCUUAAAAUUGCAACUUCUCAUCUAGUUGGUAAUGGAAAUUUCUCUUUUUCAAUCGAGUUGGAAACAAAUGGAUUAUUUGUAGAUAUAAAAAUAUACAUGUAUUUCUAAGUUGUAAUAGUUUGAGGAAUAUCCCGUAAGAGAUGCGAGAGGUUAAAAUAAAAUUCAAAUGCUAUGAACUGAUCGUCAAUUGAUAUGAUAGUUGAAACAAAAGAAAACAAAUUGUCUCAUGGCAAUGAAGCAAAACAAUACGAAAUUAGCAUCAUGAUCAAGUAUUACCAAACAUUUUAUAGGAUGAACACUAACCCACCAAAAUAUGUAUACAAAUAAAGGAACACAAAGGAGAAAAAGGACAAGCCCUGAACGACGAUGCAUGACAUGAGAUUGAAUUCAUAUAUAGUAAUGUUUCCCAACACUACCGCACAUGAGGAAACUGUCUGCUUUGAUACAUGUUUGUCCAUUUGAUUUUAGAUUAAUCAAAAUAUGUUUUAAACUAUCAAAUAGCAGUUAUUGUGUGUUAACAAUAAAAUAAUGGUAAAAUAAUGGCUUACUUUUAAUAUUGAAUCCUCCAAUACAUAAAGGGGGUCAUAAAUUAUCAAAUACAAGUGCCGGCUAUCUCGAAUACAGUUUUGUUAUCAUGCUUAUUGUUUUUGUUUUCGGCUAGGGUGCUGGUAAAAUGUUUUUUAAAUAAAACUUCAUGUUCAUUGUCCAUGUUGUGUCUGUUUCGGUAUGUUUUGACAUCAUCACGGACACAACUACAAUAAUGGCUGUUCAUUUUGGUAAAAAAAUGUUAGUCAUUUCGCUGACGAUUUUAGUGACAAUUCUGUCUUAUUGUUUUUCCUCAGGUAAAUCACCUUACGUAAAGACCCACACUAGCAUAUUUGUUGAAUUAGAUGCAACCGUUAUUCUCAAUUGCACUUGCUCCCGUCAAACCGUAACUUCAUGGUACGGUCCACAAAGAUCGACAAUUAGAAGAACGAGAAAGGAUCAAGGAACAGAUCUUUACGCACAAGGCCUGAUACUCACCAAAAAUCUUAAAGACUUGAAUAUUGAUAUCAUUGGAGAUUAUAGUAAAAGUGUAUGCAACUUGGUUAUAAGAAAUGUCUCAGAUGUAGAUACUGGAAACUACACAUGCGAGUUAUGGAAAUCAGGAGUGUUGUAUUUAAAUAAAUUCACACUAUAUUUAAAAAGUCCUCCAACCAACCUGACAUUUCUGAAUACAUUGGAAACAAAGGACAAAAAAAUAAUAAGCGGAACAGAUGGACAACCACUUGACAUAGUUUGCACUGUUAAAAGCGGUAGACCUGAGGGAACUCUUCUUUUGACCCUAAAUGGUUCAGAUGUAGCAAUGGGUGGAAGUAGUACACUGGUAUACUCGUUUACCCCAACCAAAAGAGACAACAUGAAAUUAUUUAAAUGUUUUGCCUUCCGUGAGAUGAUAGAAAUGCCUUUGACGGAUGAAGUAACAUUAGAUAUCCAGUACAAACCAAUACUGUUUGAUGAUUAUCUUGCACACCAAGAAGUUAUCGAAAAUACUUCGUUAGAAGUUUGUUGUCACGGACACAGCAACCCACCUAUAUCUCAUUUAUACUGGACUGGAAAUGUUACACCUAUAGUUGUUAAUAAUACUGAAUCGUGUUUGAAAUUCAAGCUGAUUCACCGUACCAACACAGGAAGAUACACAUGUUUUGCUUCAAAUUCAAUAGGAACAUCAAAUACGUCCAUAGAAAUAAACGUCCUCUAUCCUCCAUCCGUCAUCGUAUCGCAACAAUUUUCAGGGACAAAUAUAAUUCUGCACUGUAAUCCAAAGGGUAAUCCGAAACUUUAUAUAUUUGAAAAAUGGUAUCAUCGAUCGGAAUACAAUGAAACAAUUCGAAAACUUAAAGGAACCCCGGGGCCCAGAAGGAAAUCUCAUUAUUGGUGCACCAAACAAAACCCGAUCUCAUGAAAAUGACGGCUUUUAUAUAUGUAGAGUGUCAAAUGGUAUAGUUGAUACUUAUAGAAAUGUAUACAAAGAAGGAGCAGUUUUAAUUCAAUCCUCAGUACCACCAAUAUUCGUUUCAACCAACCAAAGGGUACAAUAUGGACAAUGUGAACGUGGACUUAACAUAACAGUCUUUUUGUUCACUAGAUCUGCUAAUAUAUCACUGAAUAUAUCAAAUCAUAAAAAGUAUUUACAACCAAAGAUUACACAGGAAAGAGUUGAUACUCAUGAUAUUUUGCAUGGCGUCAAUGUAACUGUAUCAACAGUUAAAGUUGUUUUUUACAUGGGUUUGGCGACAAGGGAGCACUUUGGAAAUUAUACAGUAGUGGCUUGCAACUUUGAAGGUUGUAAUAGAUAUAUUGUUAACAUAAGAUCGGGAGAUUUACCACAAACCCCUACCAAUCUUACAGUGAUUCAAUACGAACACCACAUGAUAGUAUCAUGGAUGUCUGAGUUCAAUGGCGGAUUUAAUCAGAAAUUUUUCAUACAAUAUAGAGCUGAUGACACAGAAAUAUGGACAACCACAGAUGCAGUAGAAGAUGGAUCGGAAAAUAAAAUGCAUUACUCUUUCUAUGAACUUGUAUCAACAAAACAAUAUUUUGUGCGCAUGUUUUCUAGAAACAAAAUUGGAGAUAGCAAUAUAACUAAUAUAACAGUAUCAAGAACAUUUGAGUGUCAACAAAAAACGCUUGUUGCAUAUGAUUAUUGCUCAGUUAUCAUUGGAAGCACUGUCGGCGGAAUGCUUAUAUGCUGUAUUUGCUCACAUAUUUGCUGUUGUCUAAGACGAACAAGAAAAUCUACUGCGACAUUUGAAAUCUCUCUAGAAGGUCAAUAUGAUGAAAUAGGAACAAUAAAUUAUAAUAAUGUGAUUGUUGAUCCAAUAACUGACUUUGAGCAAGAGAACAAUGACAAUAUCUCUCAUGAUCACGAGAGCAAUACUGUGUCGUCAAGUGUUGAUGGAGAAAGCUCUAAUGAAAGCUCUUUUAUAGGACGACCUGGUGAUGGUUAUGAAAAUGAGUAUCAGGCGGUACUUCCUUCGGUUAUCGAAAUGCAUCAAUACAGUAGCAUCAUCCCAACUAUUUAUCAGAACACAAUUAUAUCACCGACAAGCGCAGCGACAACAUCCUCAAAACACAUUACUUUUGCAAUCGAUAGUUACACAAAGCCAUGGCUUGUUGUAUACAAGAAGAUGCAGUAACCUGAACUAAGACAGUAAUAGCAUCAUGGACUUAAAUCUUUUAUCUGUACUGAGUUUACUGUAGAAAACAUUUGAUUUGAUGUAUAUCUUGUGUCUGAACAAGAAAGUGUUGAAAUAACUUAUCAUAAUAAAUAUAACAUGAAUAAUGUUUUAAAUUCAAAAAUGUUAAUGUAUUACAAGAUUUUGUAAUCCCAUUUCAAUUAAGUAAUAUAAUCAAAAGUUAAAGUGAUUGAUUAAUGGUUAACGCCACUUUGAACAUUAGUGGCUAUUUCGUGGCGGUUAGUUUUUGUUAAUGGAAGGAGCCGUAACUUCUGGAGAGAACCACCAACCUUCGGGAUAAAAACUGACAAUCUUUAUUAAUUAAGAUUGGAGUGCAUCUACCUAGUAGGGGUUCGAAGUAACAAAUUCAGGUUAGCAGACUAGUGAUACAUUUGUUGAACUACUUAAACCACCAGGCUACUGAGGCUUCUAAGUUAUAAGACGGUAUUUUGUUCAAUUUUAUGAAUGAGAGAAAUGAAAUAUGCAAUAAAAAAAAAAAAAAUGUUUAUAUUACAAGUGCAGGUCAAUCCACCUUAACAUGUACAUUGGGUGUAACAAUAAAAAUUUCUAGAAAAUAGCUCCUUCGGUAACUUAAAUGUCCUGCCAAAAUAUCCAUUAACAACUAAUCCUGGUUUUCCCAAAGCACUUCCAUUUAUUUGUAUCAAGACCACAUAUAAACAUCAAACUAAGGACAUGCAUACCGUGAGCCAUUAUGAAGUUCAGGUCAAUAACGCUUUUAUUUAAACUUGCCAAGGCCUAUAACUCCUUUCAUAUCACAUUGGUUAACAGUACAAAUG